ACAACCACCGUCUUCCGGAAGACAACCGCUCUGAGUCACGAGGGAAACGUUGACGGGGAGUUGCUUCAUUUUUUCGCGCCGAUUUUGUUUGACUCGACGGGGCGGCCUUCAUCUCGGGACGUCUCGAAGCGAGGAAGCGGGCACCUUUUUGGAGCCAUGGCGACGGGCACCAGCGGCUUCUCGUUCGGCGGAGCCGCCUCCACCACCGGCUUCGCUUUUGGCGCCACGGGCGGGGGUGGCACCACGACGGCUCCUGCAGGCUUCAACUUCGGAGGGCCAGCCACCACAGGCGCUGCUACUACCUCUGUUGCGCCCACCGCCUCACUCUUUGGCACCACGGGCACCUUGGGGCUGGGCAGGCCAGCAGGUUCUGCCACUUUGUUUGCCAUGCCGAUGACAAGCAAUAGCUCCAUGGGGGGUCUUUCCCAGGGCACCUUCACUGCCACCACCAGCGCUCCCACAACAGGCUUACUGGGAGCUAGCGGAGGACUCUCAUUAAACCUUGGAGGAACCACAGCCACCACCACAGCGGCCGCUGGUGGCCUGAGGCUCGGAGGAAACAUGUUCUCUUCAGCGGUGGGAGGCUCCCUGUUUGCAGGGACCAGCACAGCAAACACUGGCACGGGCCUGAACUUGGGAGGCACAGCCGCUGGCCAGGGAAUGCUCGGCCUCGGGGGCGGCGGUGCAACCAUGGGGCUCGGAGGGACGGGCUUGGGGCUCGGAGGGACGGCUACGGGGCUCGGAGGGACGGCUACGGGGCUUGGAGGUGUCGGCACAGCGCUCGGAGGAACAGCCACGGGGCUUGGUGGGAUUGGCACGGGCCUUGGAGGAGCGGGCUCCGGGCUGGUAGGUGUGACCGGGACGGGACUUGGUGGAAUCGGCUCGGGGCUUGGUGGGAUCGGCGCGGGACUCGGGGGUAUGGGCACUGCGCUUGGUGGAAUGGUUGCCGCCGGCACCAACGUGCCGGUCAGCAAGGGGCUCGGAGGCGUGGAUUUCACCAGCUCCUCUGACAAAAAAGACGACAGACUGUCUGCUGGCGGGGGCCCAGGGGACAGCAAGACACUGAAGUCCCAGGUUCUGCCACCUGAGAUCUGCAAAGACGUUGAAAAUUUCCAGAAGUUCGUUAAGGAUCAGCGGCAGGUGCAGGAGGAGAUCGGCCGCAGCUCCUCCAAGGUGAUGCUGCGGGUGCAGGAGGAGACCAAGGCUCUGCGGCAGAUGCUGUCGCUUGUGGCUGCUGGGCUCCAGCGCAGCACGCUCGCGGUCGACAAGCUGAGAGCAGAGGCUGCCCAGGAGCUGAAGAACGUGGAGAUAGCGGUGCGCACGCGAGAGACGCCAGAUGGCUUGCAGCACGAGAACACGGCGCCCACCGAGUAUUUCCGCCGCUUGGCCGAGCAGUUCGAGGUGCAGAUGCAGCUGUACAGGCGGCAGAUCGAGGAAAUGGAGAACCACAUCACCUCCCAGGCCACCAGCGCGCACAUGACACCACAAGACCUGUCGCUGGCCAUGCAGAGGUUGUACGAGACGUUCAUCGCGCUCGCCGCGCACUUGCAGACCGUUCACGAGACUGUCAAGAGGCAAAAGGAGCAGUACCUGAGCUUCCGCAAAACGUACCACGGGGACGACACGGACGUGUUUGAGGCCCACCGCAUGGCCAGCAAGCGCGUGCGCGACGGCCCCGUGCCUGGGCCGGGCCUCACCACGGGCCCCGCGCCCUUCGGCAGCCUCCCCAACGCCGCCGCCGUCGCCAUGGCAGCCACGCUCACGCAGCAGCAGCAACAGCAGCAGCAGCACCAGCACCUGGGGACAGCAGCAGCGGCGGCAGCAGCAGGUUUCUAUAGGUCCCAGGGCUCGCUAGGUCUGGGCAUAGCUCCCUCGCUCGGUACUGGCCUCUCAGGGGGCCUCGCCUCAUCCCUGGGAGGCUCUACGUUUGGAGGGGGCUCGGGUUUCGCCUCCGGCUCCUCCUUCAACUCGGGCUUCAGCUUUGGCGCUGCCAACAAGCCGUCCGGCAGUCUGAGCGCAGGCUUUGCUGGCACAGCAGGAGGGAGUUCCACCUCCGGGUUCAGCUUCAGCAACCCGGGACUCAACCCGUCAGCUGGGCUCACCUUCGGCGUCUCGUCCACGCCUGGCCUGGGUCUGGCCAACGUCUCCCAGCCGCUGCAGCUCAAGAAGCCACCACCGGGGAACAAGCGCGGGAAGAAGUGAAAGGACGGCCGACGGGGGCCGGCGGUUCUGUUUGUGGAGCCCAUCGGCAGCGGGUGGUGGGCAGAGCGACCGGGGUGAAAUGGAAGAAGCGAAGGGGGUGAUGAGAAAGGGGUUUGGGACUGGCAAUCGAUGCAGUGACGUAACAAUUCUUAGAUUGUCCCGAAUCCACAAUGUUAAGUUAAAAAGUGUCUCCCUAAGCGAGCAAGCGAGCAAGCAUUGGGGGCUUGGUGACCCUGACCCGAUGGAGGAAAUUCAGCAUUGUCAUUGUGGGGACCCGUCCCUCCAUAGGACAACUGCUGUGGACUUUGCCACAUCGAGAUACUUGUUUUUUUCCACCUUUUGGGGAUGGUGUGCCAAGUCGACCUCAUUGGGGUUCGAAUGGAUGUUCUUCUGGUUGGGGCAGAUGCUCUGACCACAGCGCCACCUGGCCGGAUUGACCCUUGCCAACGACACAAAAGAAAAUUGACCACGUGUUGUGCUAGUUGCUGAAGCGCAACUUUCCAUUGGUCUGAUUUUUAAGUUGGGGAAAUAAGAGCUGAAAUGUAUUCUGUAAAGAGCCCAAAGUGCCCGUCAUCAAUCGUAAGCAUACUUUUAAGCCCAUUUGCCCCAAGUCACUCGCACAACACUCAUUACCUCAUAUGUAAAAUAGAGAAACCCGAAAGUUUCCGAUAAACUCGCCGAGUUCCAGGGCUGGAAAUUGUAGCAUUUCAUUGUCUCGGUGACUGAAAAACUAAACAUUAUUAUAGCUUACUUCUUUUUUCUCCCCCUCAAUUUUAACUUGGCACUAAGCUAUACAUUUUGCAACAGGGUAGGAAGGUGAAUUGCUGGGGAGGGGUGAUUGGUGCAUUGGGGUUGGAGGGUUGUUGAGUGAGUGGAGUGCAGAUGUCGCAUUACCACAACUGUUGAGAUGUGAAGCUGGCCCGGAAAAGUUGCUAGGCCCACAUUCCCAUGGCAGUCUUGCCGAGGCGAAGUCAGUCCCCCUACCACACCGUUUGGCUCUCAUUUUAAAAAGUAAAGCUUUACUCGGCUUCCCAGUUCAGUCUCCAGACUGUGUCGUUGCCAUCGUGCCGUGAGAGGGAGAAGCCGUGAAGAAAACUUAACUUUUUUUUUCAGGGGACUUUUCCCAAAUAGCAAUAUUUUAUAUACAAAAUAAUAGAAAAUUACAACAAAAAUACUUUUGGUUUGGAACAUUGUACUCUAAAGCAAGCGUGCAUGAAACUGUAAAGCAAUGUUAUAAUAGUAUCCCUCUGGCCACAGAGAGAAAGGAGGCAAGGAAGAGGCAGAGAGGAUGCACCGGGUAACAGAGCGCUGCCCGGCUAUGGAAGCAUUGGACAAUACUCUAUGACUGUUGCAGAAACAGCCCGGCAUGGCUUUGGGUAUGUUGCACAUUGGUCGUGGAAACGGAGCACACAUUGUGUAGGGGUAGAGCACAGGGCAGCAGGUGGAAGGUGGUUAGAUGAUUAGAAUGGAGUAAGUCAGGAGGGGGAAAGAGAAACUAAACACAUCUCUUAUUUUACCAGGCUCGGCCUGCUGAGCUAUAUAGGAGCUCUUUUUCACGAGUGACUUGACCACAAAUGACAGCCCGGCCGAGUGGCUUAUCACGUGGAAAUCUAGAGCAGCCAAAUACUGCAAACGCAUGUUUCCACAAAUGUGGAGGGUGGAAACCGGACGACCCGGAUAAAAAUACACAGGGACAACACACAAACUCCAAAUAUAUAGCAGGCGUCCGGGGUCAGGGUCGAACUCACGACAUCCUGUAUAUUCGGUGGGGUAGUAAAUAUCUCGCCACCGUGGCACCCACCCGGCAAGUGGCUGUCACUGGAAUGGGUGGCAGCUUCGUCUCGUGCUUAGCAGCACGAAAUGAGACCCGUUGAUAAUUUCCAAGAGGAUAUAUUUUAACUAUCGUUGAACGUGUGUGUGUACGCGUGUGGUGGUGUUGUUCUGGGAGUAGUGGAAUGUGAAAGUUGUCUGAUUUGCCGAGGUGAAGGCUGCAUAGGCUUUUCAACCUCUCAGUGACGGGUACUGUGAAGUUGCUAUGCAGUAUGAAUGUUGUCUAAAAUAAAAGUGGCUUCUUUGCGCAAGACA